AUGGACUGGGACUGGGACGAAGUAUAUGAUAAGAGCCGCCCCUCUAGCCCUGGUGGUGCAGCAUUCUUGAGGCCUGGCGAUCCCACUCUGUCGAUAAAAGAUGAGAAGCGCCCAGAACAUGAUGAAAUAUCUUGCAAAAAUGAUAUCCUGCUGAUAUUUCCGGACAUCUGUCCAGAUUAUCUUACGCAGCUUUCACUCCUCCACAACCAUAGAUCCGACGCAGUCAGUUCUGCCAUCUUAGACAAGCAAGAAAAAGACGGCAAGUACCCAACACGGCCCAUCCCUGAGCUCCGCUCUCGAAAGCGGAAACGAUUUGGCAGAGUUGAUGAGCCAGCAUGCGACCAUGACUAUAAUAGUGAUGAAGAAGGCGAAGAAAGUGAAGAUCGCGAGCCAGAAUCUGUGCGUUCUAUCAAGCUCGAGAUGGCUACGGAAGGAUACGCAGCCAAAAUGCAUUCGUCCCAGUACGGUGCCUUAGCUAGGACCCUGAUAAGCCAGGAUUUCCCGCGGGUGCCCCAAAUUGCAAUACGCAAUUUAUUAGUCGAGAAUGGUUCGUCCUUAUUUAAUACCUAUACUGCGAUGGACGAAAUAUAUCGGAACUCUGACGGACAAAUCAUGGCCUGGACGGAAAAAAAGACCUUGACCAAGACGAAACAAGAAUUCACGCCAGAUAGAUUCUCUAGCCUUGAUAUGAGUUCAUACAAGCCUGAGGAGCGAGCUGCUUUGGCUGAGUUUUCUGCUGCUAGGGAGUUUCGUGCGGCCAAAGAUGCCCAACUCGAAGCCAGCUUGGAAGAGAAAAUUAACUUUACCCAAGCCCAGCUAGAUGGCCAAACAAGCGAAUGUGGAAUUUGUUUUGAGGAAUGCGCCCUCAACCGCAUGGUUCGAUGCGAAGGCGAGAUGAUGCACUGGUUCUGUCGAAGUUGUCUAAAAACUCAGGCCGAGUCGCAAGUAGGCAUGGCCAGAUACGAUCUUGUUUGCAUGUCCAUGGAUGGCUGCUCGUUUGGUUUUUCUAGAGAACAGAGGGCGCUUUUCUUGGACAAGAGGUUAACCGUUGCCUUGGAUCGUAUAGAACAGGAGUCAGUUCUUCGGAUGGCUGGCAUUGAAAAUCUCGAGACGUGUCCAUUCUGCCCAUAUGCUGCAGAAUAUCCCAUCGUUGAGGUCGACAAAGAAUUUCGUUGCGAAGAUCCUCGUUGUGGGAAAGUUAGCUGUCGCCUUUGCCGUAAAGAAACCCACAUUCCCAAGACCUGCGCCGAAGCGGAUGCCGAUCGUGGUCUCGACGCUCGGCAUAUUCUUGAAGAGGCCAUGUCUCAAGCCCUCAUAAGGAGAUGUAACAAAUGCAAAAAUCCGUUUGUGAAGCAAGACGGCUGCAAUAAGAUAAAGUGCACGAACUGCGGGACAUUACAAUGUGAUGUCUGUCGCCAGACGAUCGAUGACUAUACCCAUUUCAAUGACACAAACAGAGGCGGUAAAGCUGGUCAAUGCCCGUUAUUUGACGUGUCCGAAAACCGAUACAAAGAGGAAGUUGCUAAAGCUGAGGUGGAAACGCGGAAGAAAGUCGUGGAGGCGAAUCCGGAAGUGGUAAGAGCAUUAUUGGAGGUCUUCUAA